AUGGCAGCAGCUUCAGCAGCUGUGGAAAUGGCAUUAGAUGAGGAUGCUACUAGUGCCACUGAAGAUAUGUAUAUGGUUGAGGUGACACCAAUAUAUAGUGAUGGGGAAGAUGAUCAGCAACAGCUUAUGACAUCUGAUAAAGAACCAGUUUCUCUGGAAAAUAGGGUGCAUCCAUUCACAGCCACAACAUUAGAAAAGGGCAUUUCACAAAUCACCAAGCCAAAUAUAGGUGUGAGAGGAGUACAUCCUGGAGUCACAGAAACCAACAAAAUAACUGAAGAGGAUAACACAGAUAUCCCUGAAAUGUCUUCAGAAUCACCAUCCAUAGAAACUCCACAAAGACCAACACUUACUCUUUUGCACCCCACGUCAGAUACCUCCAACUUAUCUGACACUUCCACUUCCCCUAGCCAGAGUUUGCCAGCUACCAGUCCUUCUACUGAUGACACCAUGAGCUUACUCUCUCUUGCUGCUCGCAUGUUUGACUUUGAGUCAUUUGAAUAUGGACUAAUGUUUAGGAGCCUCAGUCAUGAAGGACUGGAAAAAGAUGGUACAACAACAGCCACCAGAGAGAAAGAGACAUCAGGUAGAGGGAAUGCCCAUCGACGGUUAUCACUGCAGUCAGGUGUUCUAAGAGAGCUCAGUGUUGAGAGAGAAAUUUCAAGGGAAGAUAAAGCAAUUCCGAAAGCCGAAGAGACUAGAACAUGCACCAAAGCUGACCAGAAUAAAGACCAUAGGCAUAAAGAGCCACCCACAGAUUCCACCGAUGAAAGUGCCCAUUUGACAAGCGAAACAAACUUACUUUAUAGCUCUCAGUCGGAUGAUACAACUUCAACUCAGAAAGUUUAUUUCAAGAACAGAGAAACUUCACUAGAUACCUCCCAAAGCAAGAGAGCAACCCAAGAAGUGCAGCUGCAAACUGGCUCAUCCCUGUUAGAUCUUUCCCAAGAAGAUAGUACAACCCAAACAUGUAAAGAGUUUGUUAAAGAGGACACAUCACAAACUGAAGCCAGUGAAACACACAGCUUUAGUACACAGACAAGUAGAGCUCCCACCCCUGUUGCAGACAGUACCCAAACAGCAGUCCUACAGAUGGACAUUUCUACCCAAGCAGAAGAGACUGAAUUGAUGAACAAAGUAGACUUAGAUAUGACAAGCCAUAGUUCACAUAUGCAGACAAGCAGGGGAUCUUCACCUGUUGCAGAUUUUAUUCCAGUUAAAACAUUACAAGGUGUCAUGUGUACACAGACAGAGGAGGCUGAUUCUAGCAAUGAAGGAGGCAGCCAUCAAGUGAUCAACUGUAGCUUUAGUACUCAAACCAGCAGAGGUUCUUCUCCAUUGCCAGAUAUAACAUCUAAAGUUUCGCAGACAUCCAUGUCUACCCAGACAGAUGAAAGUGAUUCAAGUAAGGAAGAAAUUCAAAGGGAAUUUAUUAGGAGUCACAGUUUCAGCACCCAGACAAGCAGAGCUUCUUCUCCUGUGUCAGAAAAUACUGCAGUCAAAGCAUUACAGAAUGUCAUGUCAACCCAGACAGAUGGAAGUGAUACAUUGGAUGAAGCAUCACAAAGAGGACUUUUGACACACCAUGCUUCGAGUACUCAGACCAGCAGAACAUCUUCUCCAUUGUUGGACACUACUCCAGCAAGAUAUUCCCCACCAUUAUCAAAUCAGGCUAGUGAAGUUACAAGUCAUAGCAUGAGCACACAGACUAGCAGAGCAUCAUCUCCCAUUGAUGAGACAAGACCUGCUCUAGUUCACAUGUCAACUCAGGCAGGUGACAGAGACUCUAAUGAGAGCCAAUCAGACAAGAGAACAACUAACAACUUCAGUACUCAAACAAGCAGAGAACCAUCUCCUGUUGAAGAGAGGAGACCAUCACAGAGUGACAUGAGAUUGGCUCAAAUUCACAUCUCAAAUGAAGCAGACGAUAGUGACGCCAGCAAGGACCAAACGCCUGAGAGAACAACAAACAACUUCAGUACUCAAACGAGCAGAGAACCUUUUCCAGUUGAAGAGAUGAGACCAUCACAGAGUGACAUGUCAACACAGGCAGAUGACAGUGACUCGAACAAGAAACAAAAACCAAAGAAGUCAGUCCAUAGCUUCAGCACCCAGACAAGUAGAGAGCCAUCUCCUGUUAAUGAAGUUCAACCUGCUUCAUCUGAUGUGUCAGCUCAGGCAGGUGAUAGAGUAUCUUGCCAGAAAGAAACAACAAACAGUUUUAACACUCAGACAAGCAAAAACUCACCCCCUAUGGAUGAAUUAGCACCAUUCCAGACUGUUAAUUCAACUCAUGCUAAUCAGAAUGACUCAGGUGAAGAGGCAGAAACAUCCGGUAGGUCUUCACCUGUUAAUGAAAUACCAUCUGUGGAACAAGGUGAGACAGAAAUUGGUGUUGCAGCCAAGGGUAUGUUAGAGGGAGUUCACAUUCCCCAAAUAAACAAGGGAGGUGAUAAGAGCAGCCAGGAUCAGCCAGUGUACAGGGAAGAAAGAGAAAAUGCAGAGUAUGGUAGAGAAAUAAAGUCAGAUACAGCAUCAGAAUCACCACAGCCAGCAGGCCAUGUGGAUUUAGCAAAUAAUACAUUUGCAAACCAAGAGGAUUCUGAAGUUUCAAUACCUGAUCAACUGCUCUCACAUGAUACCCAGGGUUCCAAGUCCAGAAAACCCGAAUCUUCAGUGAAGUAUCCUGACAAUAGUGAAUUUUCUCCAAAUGCCUCCUCACAAGAUCUUGAAGGAGGUCAAACCUUACAACAUUCAUCUAAGAGGCAUACCCCAGACCAGUCUAUUGAAGUCCCAUCCCCAAUUACUCCUAGAGGGAGAUCAGCCAGUUUACCAUCAAACAUCACUGAUCUCUCUUCCAGUCUUCUCUUCCAACAGUCUGCCCCAAGCAAGACUUCCAUCUCUUCCUCUGAAGAAAGACUGUAUCUCAGCAAUGAUGAAAUGUUUGGAGAUUCUUCAGGCAACAUCAUUGAAUCUAUGAGAACUGGUAGAGUUUCAAAUGAAGACAAGACUCAAAGAAAAACCCGGCAGCAGAGAUCACAAGGCUUCCAGACAGACUCGUCUUGGCAUUCUACAUUCUCAACCAUCGAAAGAGACAUACCAAGAGGCUGGGGUAGUUUUGCCUCCCAAACCAGCCAGUCCAUUGAAUCUCUUCUCAUCAGACCGAGAAGCACAGCUGAUGUUUCUUUACAGACCAGACCACUUUUUAGCAUUGGAUCUCAGACCACACGCUCUUUGUGGUCACUCUUUGAUUUGAACACAGAAGAAGAAACCCCUUUCAACAGGACCAAUAGUUUUGGCAUGCAGACAGGAGACUCUCUUAUGUCUCUGCUCACAGGCCAGAGUAGAGUCAGCAGUGCAGCAGAUCUCAAUGAAGCAUCUAGCUUUAUGGUCAGUGAGGGCCUUCAAACAACAGACUCACUAUGGUCUUUGCUGAGUUCCCAGUCUGAUCUGGAUAUGGCAGCAACAACAACAGCAGUUGCUACUGAUGAACACUCUUUUGAGACUGAACAUCAGUCUGAACCACCAUCUCUUUCCACACCAAGCACUGCUCCUAGAAGGCCCAGCGCUGGUACUGUUGAGGUUGAAAUGCCACAGUACACCAUCACUCCACCAGAUAUUGAGGCCCUUAGGAAAGAACAUGCUCUGAUGAUGGCUCUGCUGAGGCGAACAGGAGAAUCAAGAUCUACCAGCAGAAGAAAGUGGAUGAGUCCUACACCAACAAUGCCUGAUCUGAAUGACACAAUUCAGCAAAAAUCACCAAUGGAGCCUAUUGUGUCAAUGCCUGUUGACUUGUCGUCUGUAGUGACCACAGCAAUGCAAACAACCAGCCUGACUCUGCCAACCAUAGUCAUCAGUGGAUCUCAAAUUAAAGACUUUAAUAUUGGACUGCCAAUGGUUGUUACAUCAACAAGUUCAAUUUUGUCACAAAAUGCUGAACUAACAUCACAUGAAACAUCAGAUGAAUUGACCAGAACAUCAGAUGAGUCACAUAGCGAGAGAUCAGACACAACCCAGGUCAAACAUUUGACCACAGGUGAUAGUUAUUUCACAGUCAACACUUCAAAUAGAGGGCUUGGAGGUGUAGAUAUAUCAGGUGUAGUUGAUGAAGAAGAUGGUAGAGAAUAUUGCGAUGUAGAAACAACAAGCACCCCUUCUCCUGCUGCCCAACUUCCUAUACAAAGAAGUACAUUGGUGAAUACAGCAACCUCUGCCAUAGGGCCAGAUACAACAACUGCUGAUGUGCUUACUUCUACAUCAUAUGGUGGCUUUGUAUCUGAGAAAGAAAUGGAUAAUAGCAAGGAAAGCGAAAGCAAUACUACAGUGAGUGUGUCUGAAUCUACCAGUGACAGAAUAAGUUUCCUCAGUGAGGGUACACAGGCAGAUACAUCCUUGAAUAUCACUGAUGAUUUCACACAAACAGAUCUUGACUUGUCUUUGUCACCCAGAGAUCACCUUGAUGAAUCUAUUGGAACUGAUGAUCAAGAACGUCAUCAACAAAUUCUUGACGAAAUGGAAAAAUUGCGAACAGAAAGGUUACGUAUUAUAAGUCUCCUUGCUUUGGAUUAUGUUCCAUCAAGGAUUUAUGUGGAAUUGGCUGAAGCUCAGUUGAAUUAUGCAUUUGGACAAACAGACAUUCUGUUGAAAACUUUAGAAGAGAACUGGGAUGAUGACAGGCCAUUAGAAAUGUUCAAAUUUGAAACAGGUGCACAGCACCUAACAGAAAUUACUGAAGAGUACCUUGAGAAAUACCGCACUCAGUUGGAGGAGUCUAAGAAGAGCAUUGAGAAAAGGAUUCGACAUUUGGAAAAGGAGAGACACAAAGGCAGAAAACCCAGAGCCCUUGUGAGGAGUGAAAUGGCCAAAAUACGACGGCAAGCUGAAAUUGAAGUAUUUAAAGUAGAACGAGAAAGAGAACAGAAGAGUUAUGAAAGCACCAAAAGCCCUAGUCCUGCUAGACGUGAUCACGGAACUGAUCAUGAACAUCAUGAGCAUGGCCGUGACCACAGCUGGGACAAAGGUGAUACAGUCAGCGAAACCAGCAGUCAGAGACCUCCAUCCUCAUCAAGGAAAAGCAGUAUUACUAGUAGCAUUAAAAUGUCUGAAUCUGGUGGCUACUGGACCCCAAUGCAUUACCUCCAACAUUUAGCAAAACUGAGAAAAGAUUUGGUAAAAACCAACAAGGAGACCACAACAUCAACACCGUCUUCUACUGCCACAUCUGUAAAUGUGGCCAACAACUCACUCGCAGCAAGUUUGGAAAUUUCUCCAAGUUCAAUGUCCAGGUCAAGGUCACGUUCAAGAUCGCCUAGAGAGGAGACUGUGUCAUAUGCAUCAGGGCAAUAUUCAACAAAUUUGAACCCUGAUGCCAAUCAGAACAAGUCAACAACACCCAGACCGUAUCCAGCAGAUGAUGCCAGUAGUGGACCAUCAGCAAAAAGUACAUCUCGUCUGCUAUAUCACAGAGAACCUCCGAGAAAACUAUCCCCUGAGCAUCCUGAAAAUGUGCAUCUCCAUGAAUGUCACAACAACAACAACUAUAGACUUCAUCACCUGGAACCUGAGAGAGACUAUGGAAUUACAAGACCACCACUGCCCUCUCUGCCUAGCACGGAGAGUUCUGUCACUCUGCCAUUCUACAGCUCUCCAUCGGUGAGCUCUCAUUCUGUAGGCUCAUACAGAAGCUAUACAGUCAAAGAUAGUGAAGACACCACAGCAUACAGACCAAAGGAUACCUUCAGGAAAGAUGUGGUUGGAGAUGUGUUAAGCCCCAAGGUUGCCAGGCGAAAUCUUCCCACCUCUGAUCAGGCCAGUGUCCUCACCUUUGUACGAUCACUUCACGAUGAGACAGAGAGCUUGCUCUUAGAAACUCAGCAGAUGAGGAGACAGAGCAGGGCAGAAAUUGAAAAGGCCCAUGAAAGUUUGAAGAAAUCUCCAAGAGAGAAAUACUCUGUACCUAGACCCAAGGCAUCAUCUGAUAGCAGUUCAUGGUCAGCCAGACCUGAGCCUAGAGCAUCAUCAUCAUCAUAUUUCUCCUAUGACAGGAAUGAUUAUUAUGAUGAUGAGUUAAAUAAGGAAAGAAGAGAAAGGGAGAUAGAUGAUGAAAUUGAGGCUAUGCGUAAAAAGUACCACCUUGACACCCCUGGAUUACAUCACAGUGAAAGUCAGGAAUUUACUGGUUACCAUGGCGAUGAUGGAAGAGAGCAAAGUUGGGAUGCAUCUUACCACUCACCAUCUUCACUGAACUACAGAAACGAACCCACAUAUAAUACAGACUUUGAUUACCCAGCUUAUGAGAUAGCCCCAAGCCAGUCCCCAUACAGGUCCCCCUCACCAUCCAGAAACACCUCGUACCUGAGCUCCGGCUAUGCCAGAGAUAUACUGCUGCGCAGUGAGAGAACAGUGGAAGCAGCUUUAACUUCCAGGCAGCGCACCAGAACCGAAACAUCGGGACUAGGGACAUUGGAAUGGGAGGUCCCUGAGUUGAACACAAUACCUUUCGAACCAUUGAGUGCAACGGCCAUUAUGUCCAGGAUUGAACAGAGAAAGCGUGAAAGGAAAAAUUCUCACCAAUAUAAAAGAAAAUAA